AUUCCCGUAUAAUUUAAUAUGAAAAUGGUGUGACAGAGAUGGGGGGAGGGGGAGACUCCAGCAGCAGCAAUUUGUCUGCAGCAGACGACGUUCUCUCCAAUUACCAGACUCAUCAUCAAGGUAUGAAAUAAGAAAAAGAAAACAAAAGGUAAAAAGAAACAACACACACACGGAAGGGACUUUUUUGGAGCUGUUGGGGACUGCAUUCAUCCGGAUUCACUUACUCCGCCCACCUUUUUUUGAAGUAGUUUGACACGUCGAACGAAGGAAAACGAGUCCCCCUUGGAUGGUACACAUAAAGUCAAUCAACUUCAGCAGGCUCUAAAGAUUGAGCGUUAAAAGUUAUUGAUCGAUCUAAACUUAGCCACGGACUCUGUACCCCUCGUCAGCCACCCAAAGCAGCUCCAAGACUGGUUGGGAAUAAAAAUUCACGAGCUCGUGAAUUUUUGAUUGGCCAUCAUCGGCGACGAUCAAAAACACGGAAAAGUCAUCACCUCGUUAAUGGGAUUAUUCUUUCAAUCUCGAUCAAUUCCCGGGAUCGCAGACGACAACAACGUUCCUCGUUGACUUUUUUCCUCGGACAAGAAAUUCGCGUGACCAUCAAGUCUCUUUGAGCCAAAGGACAUGAAACCCUCCAAGUUUCAUCGCAUACAAUUUCUUUGGAUUUAUGUCAAAUUCAUAUUUCGGAGUAGUUUGGUAUGCAAAACUAGAGCUAGCGCAUUACCUGUUUGUUGCACGUCAAACUUUCCUAGUCUUUCUUAGCUCAUACUCUUUUUUUGUUCAAAAGUUUUCGAUUGCAUUUCCGUAGGGAUUCAAUGGCGAGUGGCAAUUCAGAAUUUUAUUUUCACUUGAUGACUGUCAAUCUAUUCUACGAACGAUUAGAAUAUUUAUCUGACGUUGAUAUCAGCGAUAAAAUGAGACCAUUUCUACUCUCCUGACUAUUAAGUUGCAUAAUAGGUCCAUGAAGGUAAUUUGAAAUCGUUUCAUCAUCUUAAACAUUAGUUGACAGGCAAUUCCUCGAAUGGAACCGGGUCGAUGGAUGAAAUAGAACGAGAGAAUCGACCAAUUCAGGCCGUCCCUCAGUGACUGUUAUUCAAUUGAGGCAAUACGUACUCGAUGCACUCCCGAAUUUCAUCACGAACGCGCCUUUUUGGAGCCUACAAAUCCAAAUAAAAUUAGAACUUUGAACGAAACGCAGAGACACUUGUGAUGGUGACUCACAUUAUCUCAUUUCCACAGCCGAUUUAGCCCCUAUUCUAUUUUUAUUAAAUGGAAUAAGUGAACUAUACAACAAUAAAGGGGGGAUGUGGAAAAUGAAUAGUUGUCUGUCCGAAAUAAAAGCUCUUUUUGAUAUUGGAUGCGGAUUCAGCAGCUAGCUAUUCUUUUCUUCUUCCUUUUCAUCCACAACUUCUCUCCCCACCCUUGUUCCUAUUUUUCCGUGAGCGUUAAUGGUUCCUCCGGGAUUUAUACCGAGCGGCCGUGCUUCGCUCGCCCUGCCUUCGGUUUAUUUUAUCAAAAGAUGUAUUGCGUGGCAAGAGCAGCAUAAGGAGAGAAAAGAGGAGGAGAGAAAAAUGGUUCGAUCCAAUGGUCUGUAUAGUAUAGUUUUUUUCCCCCUCUUGUCUAGCCAGGGGGUUUUGUGGUGUCUAUAAAGGAAUCAAUAACCGUUAACACGCGUGAGCUUGGAUAUGUGUGUGUACAGUGUGUGAGUGAGAAAGAUGAAAGAAAAGAAAUCGACCGAUUGGAAAAAGAUCUACGAUCAGCGCCGUCUAACGGUAGAGUCGCACACCAUUGGGCUUUAUUUUUCCCAACUGUCAAAAACGCUUGAAAAGGGCCCCAAGAUUCAUGGGCCGCUUGUGUUUUGGUUGAGAGUUUGUUUUUUUCGCGGCGCCUAAAAGAAGAAGAAAACAUCAUGUCGUACUCGCCAAUGAAUGAUGCCGUCCUGGCCGGAGUCCCGCGUCUACUGGAUGAUUUACAGAAACUAUUGGAGACUCACGAUCAUGCAGACAUUCUCUUUCUAGUAGGUCGCGAGGAGACGGCGUUCUACGCUCACCGCCUGUUGCUCAACGCUCGGUGCAGGACGGCCACUUUCCUCAAAAGAGCUGUGCUCCCAGGCUCAUCUACGCAGACCAUAAGGUUGCCCAACCACAAGCCAGACAAUUUCAAGACAGCUCUGAUCUAUCUCUACACAGGCAAAGUCCUGCUGGAUGACCAAAAUGUUUUUGAGAUGUGGACGCUGUGCCAGGACUUGAAUCUCGAGGAACUCAGACUCUUCUGCGAGGACCACAUCACCAGGAGCCUCAAUGUGGACAAUGCUUGUGCAUUGUUGGCGUCAGCCUUGGUCAAAGAAGACCAGCUCACUCUGAGAAACAAUACUUCAGGCCCCAGUUUUGUGGAACGCUGUGUCCAUUUCAUUGGUGACAAUGCCAGCGAGUGCUUCCAGACUUCUGGUUUUCUCAGACUAUCCAAAGACGCUCUGAUUCGACUCGUUUCGUCUGACCAUUUGGCCUUGGAAGAGGUAGAAAUCUGGCGAGCAGUGUUAAACUGGGCGAGGCAUCAGGCUAAUGUAUCUCAAUCUAAUACUCAAAUGUGGAAUGAAGAUGAACGUCAACGCGUCUGUCAGUCGUUGGGAGGUGUCAUCAAUCACGUCCGUCUGCUGUUGAUCGACAGCCAAGUGUUUGCCGAAGAAGUUGAACCAACCGGAGCUGUCCCAAUGGAGGUCUCCCUUGAACGGUACCGAUUAGCUGCCUUGCCGGCCAAAUUCCGCGAGCAGCAGCAGCAACAACAGCAACAUCAACUUCCCCAACAACAGCAGCAGCAGCCCAUCAGCCACGAAGACAAACGACUCCAGCCGCGCGUGCCCACCAAAGCCUUUGCUAAUUCGCAAAUCCUCAACCGGGAUCGCGUUUCGUUGCAGAACGUGCUCAAUCAAUGGUACUCGAGCACGGCGUUGACGACCCUAUCGAGUGUCACAUGGAAACUUGUCUUCCGUGCCUCUCAGUACGAUUUCUCGGCUUCGGAAUUCCACCGCAUCUGUGACGGAUUGGCUCCCUUGUACAUCAUCAUUCUCGGUCCGAAAGGCGAGGUUUGCGGAGGAUUUACUGACGUUCCCUGGACGCUCCCACCCGCCAGCCAACCCGUCGUGAGUAAUAAGGGUCGUUACAUCGCCUCCGAUCGAGCCUUCCUUUUCAAUCUGGUGGAUGGGCACGGUCAGGUGUCUCCGCGUCGAUACGACAUCACCAAAAAGACGUUUGGCAUCUGUUACCAUCUCGAAUGCGGGCCAAUCUUCGGGGCCGGCGCUGAUCUCUACAUCUCGGAUCAGUGUCACGCCAACAUGGACUCUUAUUCCAACUUGCCUCACUCGUAUGACGGCGAAGACGCUUCACCCGACUCCCUCAUGGGCGAUUACAAUUUCUCCGUUCUCGAAUACGAAGUCUACACGCCUUCCAUGAAAUGAUAAUUUUUAAAAUUAGGCCUUAUACUUAAGCCAAAAUUUAAUUCCGUCCGAAUUUGCGAUAAUUUGUCCUCCGCGUCUGUUAUAUUUUGCGACUCUUUUUUUGCUGGGAAAUAAGAAAUAAUAAUAUACUGUACCGUUUUUCA